GCCGGGUGCACCCUCGGGGCCCCGGGCGCGUCGGCUCUCCCGAAGCUGAGUAGGGUGCAGCGUGGAGAAGAGGCCAGGGCCCCCUGGUGUGCAGGUGGCGGCUGGCGACAUGGAGCCCCCGGCCGUCCCCUCGGAGAGGAGCCUGUCUCUGUCUCUGCCCGGGCCCCGGGAGGGCCAGGCCACCCUGAAGCCGCCUCCCCAGCACCUGUGGCGGCAGCCGCGAACUCCAAUCCGUAUCCAGCAACGCGGUUACUCGGACAGCGCGGAGCACGCAGAGCCCGAGCGGCCACCACACCGGCCCAUAGAGCGCGCCAACGCUGUGGACACCAGCGACCGGCCCGGCUUGCGCACGUCCCGCAUGUCCUGGCCCUCGUCCUUCCACAGCACCGGCAGCGGCGGCGCGGGCGGAGGCAGCUGCAGGCGCUUCGAGGCAGAGAAUGGGCCGACGCCAUCGCCCGGCCGCAGCCCCCUGGACUCGCAGGCGAGCCCGGGCCUUGUGCUGCAUGCCGGGGCAGCCACCAGCCAGCGCCGUGAAUCCUUCCUCUACCGCUCAGACAGCGACUAUGACAUGUCGCCCAAGACCAUGUCCCGGAACUCGUCAGUCACCAGCGAGGCGUAUGCUGAGGACCUCAUCGUGACACCAUUUGCUCAGGUGCUGGCCAGUCUCCGGAGUGUUCGCAGCAACUUCUCACUCCUGACCAAUGUGCCCAUUCCCAGCAACAAGCGAUCCCCAUUGAGUGGCCCAACCCCGGUAUGCAAGGCCACACUGUCAGAGGAGACCUGUCAGCAGUUGGCCCGGGAGACAUUGGAGGAGCUGGACUGGUGUCUGGAGCAGCUAGAGACCAUGCAGACCUACCGCUCAGUCAGCGAGAUGGCAUCGCACAAGUUCAAGAGGAUGCUAAACCGGGAACUCACACACCUGUCAGAGAUGAGCAGGUCAGGAAACCAGGUCUCUGAGUACAUCUCCACCACAUUCCUGGACAAGCAGAAUGAAGUGGAGAUCCCAUCACCCACGAUGAAGGAUGGAGAAAAAGCACCUCGGCAAAGACCCUCCCAGCAGCCUCCGCCCCCUGGGCCGCAGUUCCAGCCUAUGUCUCAGAUCAUGGGGGUGAAGAAGAUGAUGCAUAGCAGCAGCCUGACCGAUUCCAGCAUACCCCGCUUUGGGGUGAAGACAGACCAAGAGGAGCUCCUGGCCCAAGAGCUGGAGAACCUGAACAAGUGGGGCCUGAACAUCUUUCACGUGUCAGAUUAUGCUAGAGGCCGUUCCCUUAGCUGCAUCAUGUACACAAUAUUCCAGGAACGGGACCUGCUGAAGAAGUUCCACAUCCCAGUGGACACAAUGGUGACAUAUAUGCUGACUCUGGAGGACCACUACCACCAGGAUGUGGCCUACCACAACAGCCUGCACGCUGCCGAUGUGCUGCAGUCCACCCAUGUGCUGCUGGCCACACCUGCGCUGGACGCUGUAUUCACAGACCUGGAGAUUCUCGCAGCCCUUUUCGCAGCUGCCAUCCACGACGUGGACCACCCUGGGGUUUCCAACCAGUUCCUCAUCAACACCAAUUCAGAGCUGGCGCUCAUGUACAAUGACGAGUCGGUGCUGGAGAACCACCACCUGGCCGUGGGUUUCAAGCUGCUGCAGGAGGACAACUGUGACAUCUUCCAGAACCUCAGCAAACGCCAGCGGCAGAGCCUGCGCAAGAUGGUCAUCGACAUGGUGCUGGCCACGGACAUGUCCAAGCAUAUGACCCUCCUAGCUGACCUGAAGACCAUGGUAGAAACGAAGAAAGUGACCAGCUCAGGGGUCCUUCUUCUGGACAACUACUCUGACCGCAUCCAGGUCCUGAGGAACAUGGUGCACUGUGCGGACCUCAGCAACCCCACCAAGCCGCUGGAGCUGUACCGCCAGUGGACAGACCGUAUCAUGGCUGAGUUCUUCCAGCAGGGCGACCGUGAACGAGAGCGUGGUAUGGAGAUCAGCCCCAUGUGUGACAAGCACACAGCCUCGGUGGAAAAGUCUCAGGUGGGUUUCAUCGACUAUAUUGUGCACCCACUGUGGGAGACAUGGGCUGACUUGGUCCACCCAGACGCCCGGGAGAUCCUAGACACAUUGGAAGAUAACCGGGACUGGUACUACAGCGCCAUUCGGCAGAGCCCGUCGCCACCUCCCGAGGAGGAGCCUGAGGGGCCAGGCCACCCAACCCCACCUGAUAAGUUCCAGUUUGAGCUGACGCUAGAUGAGGAAGAGGAGGAGGAGGCGUCCUCCGCUGCCCUGGGUGCAAUUGAGGUGCAGGAAUUAUUCGUGGCCCAGGAUGUAUCCGCAGCUGAGGAACUGUUGGAGGUCGAUGGCCAAGAUGUGUCUGCAGAGGUGGAGGUAGAGGAAAUGUUCUUGACACAGCAAGCAGACAGUGUGGCUGUGGGCCAGGACAAGUCCACAUCCCCAGAUGCAUUGAUGGAUGCCGUGGGCUACAGCAGCCCCCAUGUCCUGUCUCCUGAGAGCCCCGCUCUGCCUGCCUUGAGGACCCCAUCCACUCCAGAGGAGGCCCCGGGCCUCCUGGGCCUCCCCUCCGUGGCAGCAGAGGUGGGGGCCCAGAAAGAGCAUCAAGCUGCCAAGAGGGUGUGCUGUGCCUGCACAGGGACGUUGGGCGAGGACCCACCCACACUCCCAGCCCCUGGUGGGUGGGGGUCUGCUGCAGGCCCUAUCUGAGCCCCAGCCUCUACACCCCUUUCCCCCUCCUGCCUCCUCUCACCACCAUCGUCCCCCAACCG